CUUAUUGUGAAAUAUAGUGUUUAUAACAAUAAAUUCUCAAAAACUAUCAACUAUCAAGCCAAUCUCCCAAAGCAAUUUAAAAAUAUAUAGAGAGAAAAGAAAGGCACAAGUUAUUCGUGAUAUAUAUCUGUUGGGUCCAAACGCCGUGUCUAUGACUAACGUGGCACGUGUACCGUAUGUUCUCUGUCGUACCCGCCCCUUCUAUCAAUCAUCUUCUUCCACACACACCAACCUCCUCUUCAAAUCAAUCAGCAUCACCGACCUCUCUGAUUCCAUCUAUAUAUUCUAAAGCCUGAGAUCCCUGCUGCGUGAACUUCAUUGGAAGCUCUUUGAACUAUAAUUAUUGAUCGACUGAUUGUAGAGAUGUCAUCCAUGGUAAAGCUUCCUUCCUCCAGUGAUAACAAUAAUAGUCGUGACGAUGGUCACGAACAGCUAGAUUUUCUCCAUUCGACGACGGUCGCCGCCGCCAAUCUCUCCCUUUCACCGGACGCGUUUCUCGGAGCUGCUGCCGCUCUAAAAGAGCUGGUAGUGGAGGCGACGUGGACGGAAGCGUACGGCGGAGGUGGUGAAAUCGUGGAUCCGACGGUUUACACCGGUCUGUUAGGGACAGCGAUCACCUGCUUGCGGUUCUAUGAAGCUACUGGUAGUCGCGAGGAUUUGCAAUUAUCUGCUAGAAUCGUCCGUGCUUGUGCUGCUGCAGUAGCUAAUACUUCCACUAGCUACACGACGUUUUUGUGUGGAAGAGGAGGAAUUUAUGCAUUGGGUGCAGUGAUCGCUAAUCAUUGUGGAGACGUUAACAAACGCAACUUUUACCUUGCCGAAUUUUUGGAGUUGGCGCAAGAGAGAGCUCUUCCGGUGGGGCCCAGGGAAGGCGGGUUUGGGAUGUCGUACGAUCUUCUACAUGGGCGUGCAGGAUUCUUGUGGGCCGCGUUGUUUAUAAACAAACAUAUCGGCCCAGAAACCAUAUCAUCCAAUCUCCUCAACCCUAUAGUUGAGGCUGUAAUUGCAGGAGGACGUGCAGGUGCGUCUGAUCACGCCCUCUGCCCCUUGAUGUACAGAUGGCACGGGACCCGAUAUUGGGGUGCGGCCCACGGACUCGCUGGCAUAUUACACGUCUUACUUCACUUCCCCUUAUCCGAAGAAGACACGGAAGAUGUAAAAAAGACGUUAAGAUACAUGAUGAGUAAGAGGUUCCCUCAGGGUAACUACCCUUCUAGCGAAGGCAACCCGAGGAGUAAUUUGGUCCAGUGGUCCCAUGGUGCAGGCGGCAUGGCCAUUACCCUUUGUAAAGCCGCCCAGGUGUUCCCGCAAGAGCGGGAGUUUCGGGAUGCGGCAAUUGAGGCGGGGGAAGUGGUGUGGAAGAGCGGGCUGUUGGAGAAAGCGGGGCUUGCUGACGGGGCGUCUGGGAACGCGUAUGUGUUUUUGGCUCUGUUUCGUCUUACGGGAGAUGUUAUAUAUGAAGAUAGAGCAAAGGCGUUUGGACUUGCUGGAGCGGCUUGUUUGUGGUCUGAUUUAUACAGACCAGAGGAUUCGAGGUUUCCUGGAUUUGAGAUUUAG